GGACAGGGAGGAGGACAUCCGGACAGUCCCUGCCUGCCACUCCUCCCGGGGGCUGAGGUUAUGAAACUCCGGGCACUUUGAACCCAUCCUAGGCCCCUCCCCAGACUUAUAUAGGUCGUGGAGCGGGGCAGUGGGACUCACUUGCCUGGUAGCCCCGGUGUUAGAGGGACUCCGCAAACGCGUGGCCCCAGGCUCCGCCGCAGCUCAGCGCCUCUCCUGGGCGUCUGCUUGCGCAGAGCGCAGCCUGAACUCCUGCGCUUCGCCACCCGCCGCCGCACCUAGCAGGAUGGAGACGUUUCCCGCGGGCCCGGCCCGGGCGCUGCUGCUUUGCCUGGGUUUUCAUCUUCUGCGAUCGGCGCUCAGCACAACUGUGAUUCCGUCCUGCAUCCCAGGAGAAUCUGACAGUAACUGCACAGCACUAGUCCAGAUGGAAGACAAUCCGCGUGUGGCACAAGUGUCGAUCACCAAGUGUGCCUCUGACAUGCAGGGCUACUGUCUGCACGGGCAGUGCAUCUACCUGGUGGACAUGAGCGAGAACUACUGCAGAUGCGACGUGGGUUACACUGGCGUCCGCUGUGAACACUUCUUCUUAACUGUCCACCAACCCUUGAGCAAAGAAUACGUAGCUCUCACCGUAAUUCUUGUCCUCCUAUUUCUUACCGUCAUUGCUGGUUCCAUAUACUAUUUCUGCAGAUGGUACAAAAAUCAGAAAAGUAAAGAGUCUAAGAAGGAGUAUGAAAGAGUGACGUCGGCAGAGCCAGCGUUGCCCCAGGUCUGAGGCUUCACCAGGCGGGGUCGACAGGAGUGCACAGGGGCCUGGUUCAUGUUCCUAUUCCUAUUUUGUUAAUACUAUUUAUGUUGGGUCAUGUGUUAGGUCAACAACUGUAUAUUUUUUAAUAUACUUAGAAAGUGUUUUCAUUUUUGUUUCAUUUGUGACAGACUACUCAGUGCUCAGGACUGUGUCAGCAAAUGACAGAUUCUCCUGAGUCUAAAUCAUGGUCAGGUCCAUUUACCAGAUAGUUUUUCUCCUCCCGAAUCAAUGGAACCAGCUGAUCAUGUUGUGGUCUGACACCUGCCGAUGUUGGCACCUUUGUAUCAGGAGUUACAAUUCACCAGUUAGGACUAGGAGGAGCAGAUCCGGCUCAGAUGCCACGCGUCGUAUCUCUGAAACAAACUCAGUGGAGCAGAGUGACCCUUCGCCACCUCUGGCUCUCCCCGAGGUGGGAGAGAAGGGACGGUCCCCACAUGCCCACAAUGCCUACAGAGCAAAGUCACCCACCUAACAGACGCCCCAUCAGCAUGGGUGGGCAGUUUUAUGUCAUUUCCUGCCAAUCCUGGUUGCAUCAGAACCUCUCAAUAUUCUAUUUUUUCUGUCUGUAGGAACAGCACUGAUGUGAUAAAAUAGUUUAUAUCUAACAAGCCACAAAGAUAUCCACAACUGAAACAGUGUGGGACUUCUUUCAUUAGAGUAUUUUUUUUUCAUAAGGAGCUUGCUGAGGAACUAUAAGAUUAAAUCAGAGUCUAAAGUGUGAUGGAUUAUUUAAAACUACAAUGUGGCAGUAUUUCUAUAUGUUGUCUAUAGAUAGAAAUAAACUACGUUUUCUAUCUAGGAGAUUUUUUUAGUUACAAACAUCUCAUCAAGUAGUUUAUUCUAAAACUUAAAUUCAUAUAUUUUAAAUAUAUCCUGACACAGGCAAUGAGGAAAAGCUGGGAAAGUAAGUAAUAGCGUGUGUUUCUAAACAAGAAAGAUUUAAAAGCUUCUGAAUGCUCAGACUCAGCUGCACCUUCCUUUGCAGAAAGAGCUGGGUCCUUUCUCCUGCUUAUUGUUCAGAAGAGGCUGAGGUUUCUCCCAAAUUCAGGUCUCAGUGCAUGUAUGGGCCAGUCCCCACUGCUCGGAGUCCACAGAGCCGCCCCUGCAGGGCCGCACAGGAGGCCCAGCUCUCCCUCGUCCCUUCCUCAGCCAUCAGCCACAGCUGCCCCGCAGGUGGCAGGUGCCAGCACUUGGGUCCCACAGUGCCCCUGCCUGACACACCCAGCACACCUGUGUGCCUUCAUGUGGCUCUCAGCUAAGCCUCUCAUGCAGAAGGGACACUGCAGGCAAAACAGGAAGAAACACACACAUGCGUCCUCAUGUGCAGGCGCUCCACCUGUCACAGAACUGGGGUGAUAUGUCGCUCUGUGAUGUAUAAAACUUAAAGACAAGAUAAAGGGAAACAAGUAAAAUUCAGUGAGAUCUUAAAGUAUAUUUAUUUCCCACUUAAUGUGGCUGAAGUUAAGUACAUUACACACGAAUUUAUUUUAAAUCUUAUAAGUACUUGUUGACAUCUACUGGGAGUACAGAGAGACUGCCUAUUUUCAGAGAUCUUGGCUGUAAAAAA